UCACCCCCUCAAAAAUGCAGAGUCUAACUUUGAAGGAGUCUUAACCAGAACAAAUGUGGGUUAAUCAGAGGACUGUUGAGCCCUCGGCUAAAAUCAUCCACCCACAUGCAGCACCAACACCACCUCCCAAGCAGAUUCAAGUCACACCCACAUCUCAUUCUCCUUCAGCUCUCAACAAAUCUUCCAAGUUAUCGCGGAGAGAGCUUGCCAUUUCAGCCAAUUCAUCCUUGCUACUACUCCUAGGCACCCAAGCACUAGUGCCAUUGCACCAGUUCAAGGCACGGGCCGAGGAAGUUUCUGAAACCACUGAUGUAAUCCAACCAGAAAAUACCCCAGGGGAGAGCGAGGUUAAGGCAGGGGAAGUUUCUCAAGGCACUGAUAUAACCGAGAACGAGGCAAAGGCAGAGGCAGUUUCUGAAAACACUGAUGUAAUCAAACAAGAAAAUGACUUGGGGGAGAACAAGGCAAGGACUGAGGAAGUUUCUGAAAACACUUAUGUAACCGAAAAAGGGAAUGGCGUGGGGGAGAGCCAGGCAAAGGCAGAUGAAGUUUCUGAAAACACCAAUGCAACUCAACCAGAAAAUGAUUCAGGAAAGAAUAACUACUGUGCAGGUCAAAAUCUGACAAACCGUGCAUUUCUUGAAGUAUCUAUUGAUGGGGAACCUGCAGGAAGAAUUGUUGUAGGGCUGUACGGGAACACUGCCCCUGGUGGCACAGCAAGAUUCAGUAAUCUCGUAAGUGGCAGAGCGGGCAUCAGUUACAGGAGAAAAGAGUUUGUGAAAAUCAUGCCAACCUAUGUGCAACAUGGUGGAGUGAGGUCAUAUGGUGUGGAUGCUGAGCUUGCAAGUAGAAGAGGAAGCAACAUGACAGUUGAUAGCCUUGUUUCUGAAUGGGAGAAGCAAUAUGAAAGCUGCCCCGGAACUAAGAAUAUAGCUGGGAGCAUAAGCAUCAUAGUCAGAGAUCCAUCAAAACCACCCCCAAAAGUGAAACUGGUUGCACGCAAUGGGAAGCUGGAGAUUGAUCAAGAGGAAGUGGGAAAGGCUCCAAAUGGAACCGAGUUCAUCAUAGCUACAAAAGACUCACCUGAGUUGGAUAGCUCAGCUUUGGUGGUUGGAAGAGUGCUGGAAGGGAUGGAUGUAGUGGAGAGAAUUGGUCAGGUGAAAACUGUGAAAGAGAAUACCAGUUCUCCUUACUUUAGGGUAGCGAAGUUGAUAGGAGAUAAAAGGGCUGUUGUUGCAGAGAGAGGCUUCAACCGACCUUACUCCAAAGUGAUGAUCACAAAUUGUGGUCUGAUGUAAUGAGUGAAAUGCUUUGGGGAACUUUUUUACCUUACAAUUUUUGUGAAGGGGACAAAAUGUCAGCAAACUUGUACUGCAUUCAUGGGGAACUUUUUUACCUUACAAUUUUUGUAGAGGGGACAAAAUGUUGGCAAACUUGUACUGCAUUCAUACUUUAAAUAAUAUUCAUCAUAGGAUCUUUUACAAUGUAAAAAA